CCGACUCGCGUAGUACGUGUGAAAACAUGGCGCCCGAAUGAAGGACGCUGAACGCGAGUGCCUGCCAGAUUUACCGUCGCGUUUGUACACAUACACGCAUAUAUUCUCACAGAGGUGUCUCGAUAAAUCGGCCUGAUACUUCGGCAUAAUGAGCAAUCUGUCACCCUUCGGCGGCGGCAAGAACCCACCGUGGGUCCGCAAUGCAGGCCAAGGUAUACAGAAUAUCCAGCAGCAAAUGUUAGGUCAAGCUAUGGGCAGCAUCGGAGGGCAGCCAAUGGUGCAGUAUCAACAACAAACUCAACAAGUAUACCAACAAAGUCUGGGACUACAACAGCCCAAUAUCACUAUGGCAUCAAUGGCAACCCUUGGAUCAAAUUUGCCAUCGGGUAUAGCAGGACAGUUAUAUCCACAAGUCGCUACAGUAUCUUAUCCGACACCACGAGCAUUGAACACAAAUGCUUUUCAACCUUCUGUAACUGGUGUUCCACAGCAGGUGCAACAGAAUGUACCUUCGUCGUCUACAAAGCAAAGAGUUUUCACGGGCACUGUUACCAAAGUACAUGAUAAUUUUGGCUUUGUAGAUGAAGAUGUAUUUUUCCAAACUAGUGCAUGCGUGAAGGGAUCUAAUCCUGUAGUAGGAGAUCGUGUGCUUGUAGAGGCAUCGUACAAUCCUUCUAUGCCGUUCAAAUGGAAUGCCACUAGAAUACAAGUGCUUCCUAUGAGUAAUAAUAGCAACAAUGCAAAUACUCAACAAACUAACCAAUCAAACCGUCAACAACAACAGCAACAACAACAGCCAAAUAGGACAUCAAGCACUUACAAUGCUGUACCGCCUCCUACAGAAAAUCCCAACAACAGGUUCACAACAAGUACAACAAAUUCCAAUACUACCAGCAAUCGUAACAAGGUUGGCAGAGUAAGAGAAAGAUCUCCACGUGAGCGGAGAAACGAUGACGAAGAAAUAGAACGGAAGAGACGUCGUGAAGAGAGAAUAAGAGAACGCGAGAAGAAGGAGGAUCGAAGCCCAUCAAGGACUAGAAGAAGCAAAUCGCCCAGACCUCGUCGGCGUACAAGAGUUGUACCGCGUUACAUGGUGCAAAUACCGAAAAUCGCACUCGACCUGCCUGAAGCAGAUGUUCUUGAGAUAAGAAGACGCUAUCAAAAUAUGUAUAUUCCUAGCGACUUCUUUUCAACUAACUUCAGAUGGGUCGAUGCCUUUCCACCACAUAUGCCAUUUACCCUUAAUAAACCAUGCUCCUUCCAUGUUACACAUAAAGACGUCGAUCCGUGUAAUGAAAAUACAGCAGUACUAGAACCCUCGGAUGCUGAUUAUCUGUUCUCUGCAAAGGUCAUGCUCAUAUCUAUGCCUGCCAUGGAAGAGAUAUACAAAAGAUGUUGUGGCGUUUCUGAAGAUAGGGAUCCCGAUCGCGAUUACGUUCAUCCUACGCGCCUUAUAAAUUUCUUAGUAGGCUUACGGGGCAAAAAUGAGACAAUGGCCAUAGGUGGGCCAUGGAGUCCCUCAUUAGACGGGCCUAAUCCUGAAAAAGAUCCGUCUGUAUUAAUUAGGACGGCCGUGAGGACCUGUAAAGCACUUACCGGCAUAGAUUUAUCCAGCUGCACUCAGUGGUACCGCUUCCUGGAACUCUACUACAGACGCGCAGAAACGACCCACAAGUCCGGGCGAGUGGUACCCUCUCGCGUUGAAACCGUCAUACUAUUUCUCCCAGAUGUUUGGAGCUGUGUACCUACCAGAUUGGAAUGGGACGGGCUACAACUCAACUAUAAGAAACAAUUGGAGCGAAAGUUGCUGCGUGCCUCUUCUAACACCGACGAUUUGGAUGCUGCCAAUGAGACCGAUGAGGCUGCCGUCGCUGAUCAAAAGGAUGAUUCUAUGCCUGAGAAGAAAGAUCCUACGCACUACUCCGAGCUAGAUCCGAAAUCGAUGAACGUAAACGAAUUGCGUCAAGAACUGGCAGCUCGUAACUUGAGCUCGAAAGGCUUGAAGUCGCAAUUGCUAGCGAGACUUUUGAAAGCUGUAAAGUCGGAACAAGCCAAAGAGGAAGGUCGGCAAGAUGAAGAUGACAAUGAAGAAGAUGUUUCGCCGCAAUCGAAGGAAGAGGACGAUAAAAAAUUUAGAGAUAGCAAAGAUCAUGAUGAAGAUAAGAGAAAGCUUUACGAACGUGAACGUGCCGUACUCGAGAAGAGAUACACUUUACCCGAUUCAUCGCAUAUUAUCGUUCACCCCUCUAGAAUGGCCAAGAGUGGAAAAUUUGACUGCACGGUUAUGUCUUUGAGCGUAUUAUUAGAUUAUAGGCCGGAAGAUACCAAGGAGCAUUCUUUUGAAGUAUCUCUUUUUGCUGAACUGUUCAACGAAAUGUUGAUGCGAGAUUUCGGCUUCCGCAUUUAUCGUUCAUUGUCCAACCUCCCCGAAAAAAUUAAGGAGAAGGACGAAGAUAAAAAGAAAGAUAAGAAGGAUGAUAAGAGAGAUGACAAGAAAGACGAUAAGAGGAAGGAAGAUGAGAAAAAAUCUAGUAAAAAGGAUGAAAAACGGGAUGAUAAGAAGAGAGAAGAAGCCAAAGAUAAGAAGGAUGACAAAGAUGCAAAAAGUAAAAUAGAUGAUAAAGACAAAGAAAAGGAUAAAAAUGACGACGAAGAGGAAGAUGAAGAAGAUGAAUCUGAUGAUGACGAUUCUGUAAAAGAUGGUAGAAGGGAUAGAGACAAAGAUGGAAAGAAACGGAAAACAAAACUGUACACAUAUGAUCCUUACCUUCUGCUGUCAUUUGUGUAUUUCGAUCAGACACAUUGCGGAUAUAUAUUUGAUAAGGAUAUAGAAGAACUUAUUUACACUCUGGGACUGAAUUUAUCAAGAGCUCAAGUACGAAAACUAGUGCAAAAGGUUGUUACGAGAGAUUCUUUGCAUUAUCGCAAAUUGACAGAUAAAUCGAAAGAAGAUGAUUUAAAGGACGAGAAGAAGGACGAUAAAGAAAGUGAUAGAGGUGAAUCGACCAAAGCAGAAAAUGAGGAAGAUAUAUUGCGUUCACUUGCUCUCGGAAAUAAGAAAUUAUUACCAGUAUUUGUGGGAAGCGGACCGCCUUCGAAAAGGGCGCGAAGAUGCAUUUUAGAAAAAGGCGACGAAGAAAUUCCAGAAGGUAUUGUUUUGUACAAAGGCUCCUUAUACAAUUUUAAUUUUAUUCAAAUGACUAUCUUUAAAUAUGUUUUUUCUCUCUGGGCUUUUUACUUCUGCUUCUUACUAACGUGCACUUUCUUCUUUCAGGAUGAUUCUAUGCCUGAGAAGAAAGAUCCUACGCACUACUCCGAGCUAGAUCCGAAAUCGAUGAACGUAAACGAAUUGCGUCAAGAACUGGCAGCUCGUAACUUGAGCUCGAAAGGCUUGAAGUCGCAAUUGCUAGCGAGACUUUUGAAAGCUGUAAAGUCGGAACAAGCCAAAGAGGAAGGUCGGCAAGAUGAAGAUGACAAUGAAGAAGAUGUUUCGCCGCAAUCGAAGGAAGAGGACGAUAAAAAAUUUAGAGAUAGCAAAGAUCAUGAUGAAGAUAAGAGAAAGCUUUACGAACGUGAACGUGCCGUACUCGAGAAGAGAUACACUUUACCCGAUUCAUCGCAUAUUAUCGUUCACCCCUCUAGAAUGGCCAAGAGUGGAAAAUUUGACUGCACGGUUAUGUCUUUGAGCGUAUUAUUAGAUUAUAGGCCGGAAGAUACCAAGGAGCAUUCUUUUGAAGUAUCUCUUUUUGCUGAACUGUUCAACGAAAUGUUGAUGCGAGAUUUCGGCUUCCGCAUUUAUCGUUCAUUGUCCAACCUCCCCGAAAAAAUUAAGGAGAAGGACGAAGAUAAAAAGAAAGAUAAGAAGGAUGAUAAGAGAGAUGACAAGAAAGACGAUAAGAGGAAGGAAGAUGAGAAAAAAUCUAGUAAAAAGGAUGAAAAACGGGAUGAUAAGAAGAGAGAAGAAGCCAAAGAUAAGAAGGAUGACAAAGAUGCAAAAAGUAAAAUAGAUGAUAAAGACAAAGAAAAGGAUAAAAAUGACGACGAAGAGGAAGAUGAAGAAGAUGAAUCUGAUGAUGACGAUUCUGUAAAAGAUGGUAGAAGGGAUAGAGACAAAGAUGGAAAGAAACGGAAAACAAAACUGUACACAUAUGAUCCUUACCUUCUGCUGUCAUUUGUGUAUUUCGAUCAGACACAUUGCGGAUAUAUAUUUGAUAAGGAUAUAGAAGAACUUAUUUACACUCUGGGACUGAAUUUAUCAAGAGCUCAAGUACGAAAACUAGUGCAAAAGGUUGUUACGAGAGAUUCUUUGCAUUAUCGCAAAUUGACAGAUAAAUCGAAAGAAGAUGAUUUAAAGGACGAGAAGAAGGACGAUAAAGAAAGUGAUAGAGGUGAAUCGACCAAAGCAGAAAAUGAGGAAGAUAUAUUGCGUUCACUUGCUCUCGGAAAUAAGAAAUUAUUACCAGUAUUUGUGGGAAGCGGACCGCCUUCGAAAAGGGCGCGAAGAUGCAUUUUAGAAAAAGGCGACGAAGAAAUUCCAGAAGGUAUUGUUUUGUACAAAGGCUCCUUAUUGGAUGUAGAAAAACUCGUUGGUCAAUUGAAAAGAUCUGAGAAAGCGCGUUUAGACACUGAAGAUCGUAUGAUGGAAAUUCAGCAUGAACUAACUAUAGUCAAUGAAAAAUCCACAAAACAAACUAAUAAUAUUAAAAAUCUUUCGGAAGAUUUAAAAAUGUACAAAGAUAAAUUGCGAAGCACAGAAGAAAAGCUCAAGAAAGUUUCUACUGAUUGCCAUACUUAUCUAACUGCAGUAAAAAAUAUUUACCAUAUAGCAGCAAAAAUGAUGCAGAGUGAUACAAGAAAAGUAGAGGUAGUAGAAAUUCAAGAUGAAAAGGUUGGCAAUGAGAUAAAUGGUUCAGAGAUGGAAAAUAAAUUUAAAACUGAUACGAGGUGGGGAGAUAAUAAAGUCCAAGUGAAGAAGGAACCCAUGGACAUAGAUAAAGACAAGAAAUCUGACAAUAAAACUUCUGUCAAAAAAGAGGUUACUGAAAUGGACAAGGAGAAGAAAUAAAAAUUGCAUCUAUUUAUUAUAAUACGCACUGAUACAAAUAGAGGUUUGAUCUUAUUUUACUUUCACAUGCGCGUGCAUAUGCACAUGACAUGUAAAAAAGAAAAACGCAAAGCGGAUGAGGAACUAACAAAAAAUUUACCCUAUAUGAAAUUGUGUGAUCAAGACCAUAUUUUGUAACUUUUUCACUCAAUGAUAAUGUGUGAUGGCAUCUUUAAUUAGUAUAAUAGAGAAGCACUUAAAAUCAUGCAUAAUAAUUUGUAUCAAUGUAAUGUAUCAUUGUUAAAAUGUCUUUCGUUUUCCACAUAACUUUAAAUAUUUUGCAUAAAUGGAUAAAUAUACAAAAUUGAGUUUUGAAAUAUGAUCUGCCAUUAAGUGCCAGAUAUUGAUUAUAUAUAUAAACCGGUAUUUAAUAUUAUUAUAGUUUCAAUAAUAUGUUAACAAAUGUAUAAUUAUCCUAUCCAUAUAAAUCGCGUGAGGAUUUUUAUUAUUUACAAUAACGCAAAAAUGAUAGGUAUUGCAUUUCCAUUGUUAUUACGUGAAUACAAAAUAAUUUUUGAAAUAAAAUUCUUAUGUAGUACAUAUAAUUCUUAUUAAGUACAUAUUUUAGAGCUGUUUUGCAUAGUUUAAUCUUAUAAAUUAUAUAUAAUUAAUAUCAUAUUGUUUACAUUAUAUUUUUGUUGUCAGAUUUCUCAUGAUUCUUUAAACGAAAUAUGUUUUUCAAUGAAAAAAUAUAUAUCGCAAAUUUAAUUUUUUUUUAAACUAACCUUAACUCUAUAAUGUAUAAUUUAGCGUAAUAAACAUGUAAUGCAAUAAAUGUGAUACCAAUGAUAAAGUUACACUAGUAUUUGAUUUCAAGGAUAUCUAUUCUUGCAUUUGUGUUGAAUUUUGCAGGAUUCUAUUUUAUUUCACUGCUGCUGAUUUUGCAGUAUAGUCAGCAUUCGUAUAUGUUUAAAAAAAACAUGAUAUUGAAAUAUAUCACUGUCCAAAAGCAACAGAACUUUCCAUUAAAAAUAACGACACAUUCAAUAUAUUUUUUCUAUGCAGCAAUAAAAAUUAUUCUUUUCAUAGUAUUCUUUUCUCUUUUAUUAAACAAGAAAAUAUAUACAGUUUUAAAAUAAUUCGAGUCUAUAAAAUAUUUCUUUUGACAGUAAUGUCAAUAAUCUAAUAAAAAUAUAACAAAACCACACAAGAUAUCCUUUAAGUUAGAUGUUGUGUGUAUUUUCACCGAAUGUGUCAGACACUUUUGUCCAAAAGUUAUACAAAAACGUGUUCUCGAACGUGAGCAAUCAUGCAUAAUCGCACGUUCCAUUGCCCAAGUUUAUAGUUUGCAACUUAUGAUGCCAAGGAUACUAUUUUGUACAUAGUUUCUUAUAUUAUAUAGAAAAACUUUUUGUAGUUUGUUAGAAAAGGCCACAUUUUUAUCAAAAAGAAAAAGGCACGUUAUGAGAGUAUAAAAAUGCGUGAACAAUUCCAAUUCUGUGUACUUCAUUGUUAUACAAAUCUAAUGAAAAUUAUAAUUAUCUUCUUGAGCACACCUGGUAGUCAAAAAUGUAAGAGUAACAAUAAAUAUUGUUUCAACA